UGUUUCUGAGUCCAAGUAGGGAAGGCAAGGUAGGAGAGCAUAUAGACGCAUUACUGCAGCAGCCCACAGCGGCAAAACGCGCGUCACUUCCACGCACACACUUGGGGGGGAAAACCCAUCAGAUUUAGGAGAUUUGUCGGGAAAAGUGAUCAAAUCUGCAUCCUUUCUGGAGAGACUUGAAUGCUGGGAUUGAUUACAUCUUCAUGUGGUUUUUCUUCACCGAACUGACCACCUGACUACUUCUUCUUCUUCUUCUUGGCCUCAUUGCGACACUUUUUGGAACUCAACUCCUCUCAUCCGCCUCGAAAAAAACAACAAUCCUAUGUGAUUCUUUGCGGUUUUUAUUUGUUUCGCUUCAGUGCCGGACUUGGAAACAGCGCCUCCUCUGCUGAGUCAGCACACACAGCUGCAUAGAAGAUGUCCGCCCCAGAUGCUGCCGCCCCAGGUGCUCCAGGAGCCCCCGGUGCAGAUGGAGCCCCGGGAGGCCAACCCGCCGGGCCGCCCAACACCUCCAGCAACCGCAGGCUGCAGCAGACCCAGGCCCAAGUGGAGGAGGUGGUGGACAUCAUGAGGGUGAACGUGGACAAGGUUCUGGAGAGGGACCAGAAGCUCUCUGAGCUGGACGACAGAGCGGACGCUCUGCAGGCCGGGGCGUCGCAGUUUGAGAGCUGCGCUGCCAAGCUGAAGAACAAGUACUGGUGGAAGAACUGCAAGAUGAUGAUCAUGAUGGGCAUCAUUGGAGUCAUUGUGGUGGGCAUCUUAUUCUUGUACUUCUUCUACUAAGCGCCGCCCCAUCACUAAAGACGGAUAUGGACUUGAGAAAGUUGUGAGAUGGAUGACAGCGAAAGAGAUUUAAAAAAAAAAAAAAAAAUCCAAGCACCACUCUUCCCCUUUUAUCCUCCCCUCCCCUCGCACAUCACACAUCACGGCAGCUUUUGUUUUGUCUUAACUGUUCAUCCUCAUGCAUUAUUGAGGGCAACGGAGUGGGAGGACGAAGGACCUAUGUGGUGAUUUCGCCGUCCUUUCUAUCUGGGAUUUUACCAAAGCGGAAUAUUGCUGUUGACAAACUUUGCUACAUUUGUAAACAAAGACACGCCAUUGUGGUUGCCGCCUACUAACACAAAACAUCUUUUCUUUGGGAGUGUGUUGAUUUCCGAGGUGACAGUUCCACACGAUGUGUUCCCGGAGCAAAGGAGAGAUGCAGACACUGAGAAAGACAAUUGCCAUGCAGAGUAGAUUAACAGUAAGAGCCAGAGACAGGAACAUUAUGUCCACUUGAGAGUUUUCUAGGGAAGAGAUUUAAAUCAGGACACUUGACUUUCCUCUUAAUCCACGUAAAGACCAAGAAAUUAACUCUUCCACGGCUGUAGUUCCUGUCAAGUGUUUUAUUGCUUACAUUACACAAUCACAGAAAGUAGGCCAAGGUGGGCCGCGUGUUU